UUGUUGGUUUUUUUUUUAGCUGUGCUGAAAGAAUUUUUAGACAAACCAGGGAACCUUCACGAAGAUCAUUUAAGGGCUCUUGAGAAAGGUGAAGUAAUUUUUUCAUACUUACGAUAUUUUUAAUUAUUAUCUUAUUUUCUUCUUUUCCCGGUCCCAAAUUUUUGACAUAAAAUAAGUAACUUUGAACGUAUAACUCUCCUACUUAUUUUCUGCCAAUUUAGGGAAUACAUUCUGGAUAUCGCAUUUAUUUUGGGUUUGUAAAAUGGCACAAUAGACUGGAAAUACAGGAUUUGAGAUAUAUUGGAGAAGCUCUAGCUUUAUUCCUUAUACAUGUAUGAAAUUGUUGAGGGAGGAAACUCAAAGGGUGGGAACUUUUUUAAGAAUUUUACAGUUUCCCACAUUUCUCUCACUAAAACGCUGACAGCUGCAGUCCAGAUGCACCUUUGACGAUAUAUGACAGUGAACAUGUAAUUUGAUGAUUUGAGGAAGAUGAUUACAUUGCUGAGACUCAGUUUGGCAAAACAUUUGGUCUGAUCAUUUCCAAGGUUAAGGCCAUUUGAAAGUUCAACUUUGUUUGAAGUAUCACCUGAUUUCAAAAGAAACACCAAUUUCUUAUGUGUUUGGCUAGGUACCAAAAUGGCUUUUGCAUUCUCUCUACACAGGAUCCAUCGCUUAUGUAAAGGUUGUAGCUAUGACGGGCAACGUGUACGGAGGAGGUCAAAAGCGUCCCUGGGGUAAUAAUCCAGAACUGGUGAUCGUCCUGAAAAAUCGCAUGAAGUAUCGAGCAGAAUUGAAAUAUUACAAGUAUCGAGGUAUGCAAUACAAAAUAGAAUUGAAUGUCGACCGUGAUUUUACACCGCCACUCAUCUGCACUCAAAAAGACAUCAAGAAAGUUUAUCUCAAGGCUCGAGGUCCUGAUGGAUGGUACGUAGCAUCGAUUGACACCUACAGCGCGGGAGCGAAUAAAAUAUACACUAAACUGACCACAGAUCCAGGCUUCAGUAUGUGGGUAGACACCAAUGAAGAAUCUCUUUACCCAUACAAUGCCAAAAAGCACCUCCUUACCAAUGCUGUCGCAGGAUCCUGUAUCACAUAUAUACGUGUACAUGCAAUGACGGGAGACAAGAGGGGAGCUAGUUUCUCUAAAAAGUACGGAAAGAAUCACUUGAUAGUUCUCUUUCUAUCAAAUAAUGAAAAAUGUCAGGCAGAACUUGAAGGACCUAUGAAACAAGGCCAAUCUUAUGUGCAAGAGUUACACUUUCGAAGCCGGUUUAAAACUACACAGUGCGUGUCUCUAUCUGACAUUAAGGAAAUUCACCUACAAACUCAAUAUGGAGGAAAUGACGGUUGGUACAUAGCAUCCAUUCGGACUUCUGCUAAGACUGGUGAUAAGCAGUACGAGAAUCUGACAAGUGAUCCACACCUCAACAAGUGGCUUGAUGCUAAUGAAGAGUACAAAUAUCCUUACAAUGCGAAAGACAUCAAACUAACAUGGGUAGUUCAAGAAACCCUUAAUUGUGAAUAUGGCAAUCCAACAUGUGAAUGCAGUGCAAAUGCAGAGGUUUGCAGAUUUAACCUCGAAAUUGAUGAAAUUCGAACCUUCACCAGCUAUCAAAAGUUAUCGGUGGAUGAACCUACAGGAAUUGCUAUGCGAGGAUCCCAGGGAGUGAUCUAUUAUUUCGGUGAUGAUGGGACACCUAUGCCUCUGCAAACUAAUAGACAAUGUUCAACACAGGACAGCACCAAAUGCACUAAUCCCCAGUUUGUAGAUGGUAAAACGUAUCGUUUGGCGAUAGCCGUCAAUGGACAGAUUCCUGGACCUACCUUGAUAGUUCACGAAGGGCAAACUGUUGAAGUGCAUGUUCACAACAAUCUUACCACUGAGGGUAUUUCAAUUCACUGGCAUGGGAUGCACCAGAGAGGAACACCUUGGAUGGAUGGUGUAGGACAAGUGACCCAAUGUCAGAUAGGGCCUUCAUCAAGCUUUUCAUACGUGUACACUGCUCAUCCUUCUGGGACGUUUUGGUACCAUUCUCACAGUGGUGCUCAGAGGACAGAUGGCUUCUUUGGUGCACUUAUAGUUAAAGAGACACCCGAAAGAAUGGACGCAAUCAAAGCCGAACUCCAAGAGCAUUGUGCAUUUGAAGACCUUCCAGAAAAGCACACCUUAACGCUUCUAGACUGGCAACAUGAGUCAUCCUUGGACCUCUUCACACAGAUCCACGCUAGCUUGGGCUUUUAUCCAGACAAAUCGCUUGGCGACGUGCCCACUCCAGAUGAUCAACGGUACGAAUCCACACGUAGUUUUGAAGAAGGAGAGGUUGGGCCUGUCCCGUAUUUUUCGGGAAUUAUAAAUGGGAAAGGCAGGCACGUUGAUGUUCCAUACGUCAAGACAAGACUGAGUAUAUUUACUGUCGAGGCUGAAAAGACAUAUCGCUUUCGGCUAAUUGGAGCCCAAGGGCUGUAUGCUUACCGCUUCUCCAUUGAUGGCCAUAAAAUGACUGUGGUGGGCACUGACGGCUAUUGGAUUCAGCCUGUAGAAGACGUUGAUUACAUUAUCAUCCAUUCCGGAGAGAGGUAUGACUUUCUUCUUAGUACAAGAGAUACAUUUGGGGUGAAAGACUACUGGAUGCGUGCCGAGACUCUGGAGAUUGAUAGAAGUGGGGCUGGGCCACCCUUCCGGUCACUAGGACACGUGGCAGAGGCUAUUUUACACUACAAACAGAAUGGGGACUCAGAUGAUCCGGAUGAUAAUGUACCAUCAAAAAAAUACCAAGAAAUCAAAGAAAAGUCUCCCCCUAUACAGUGCACCAACAAUGACCCAUGCAAAGCAGUCAACUGCCCAUUUGAGAACUUUCAUCCAUUAUAUUACAUUACCUGUACUAAUGUUCAAAGCCUUCGUUUACUUGAGCUAACUCCAGCUGAUGAGCUUCCAAAUGCAAACCCUAAAGCCCCAAGGGAUUGCAAAGGUUGCAGACAUUUCAUCAACUUCAAUUUUGAGGGUGACUCUCAAACUAGUGCAGUGAAUGGGCGCAAUUUCAUUCUCCCCUCCUUUCCUCCCCAAACCCAAAAUGAAGAGUUUCUAAAAAGGGACACAAAGUGUGACCUUAAUGCUGACUGCAAUCCCUCGACACCCGAGUGCUCAUGUGUCCAUGUCAUAGACAUUCCACAUCAGGAAACUAUUCAGAUGGUGUUUUCGGCAAUUGGUGCUUACCACAAUGCUCAUCCCAUUCAUCUCCACGGCCAUACUUUUCAUGUUGUUCAUGUUGGAUAUCCAGAAUAUAACAAAACAAAUGGUUUCAUUACAAACCACAACAGCGAUAUAUACUGCGAUGACAUCGACUGUAAAGAGGCUGAAAAGCCUAAAGAGGGCUGCAACGACAAGAGAUGUACCAGACCAAGAUGGAAAACAGAACCAAUGCGUUUUUCUAUCGAUAGCCGUACGAUCAGGAAGGACACAGUUAUGCUCCCUGCUGGAGGGUACGUUGUCAUCAAUUUCUUAUCUGAUAAUCCUGGCUACUGGUUUCUUCACUGCCACAUAGAGGUGCAUCAGCUCGAGGGAAUGGCAUUAAUUGUCAAUGAGACUUCUCCCGAGCCGCUCCAACUACCCAAAGAGAUAGGCAAGUGUGGAGACUUUGAGAUAAGUGUCAAUAAGUUUCGCUCGUACAGUUCCAAGGUGAUCAAUUAA